CUUACUAACUAUCAUAAGGGGACUGUGCAGGCAAAGUUAUGUAACUCUGAUUGGCAUUUUGACAGAAUUAUGUGCCCUUUUUAUACUUAGAAAAUUGAAAAUUUGGUUAAGUUUUGUGUUUAGGUCCACUUUAUUCCUACAGUAUCAAAGCUAUUGCUUUCAUACUUGGAACACUCGCAAACUAUCAUAAGGGGACAGUAAAGGGACAAGUUGCAUAACUCUGGUUCUCAUUUUUACGGAAUUAUGGCCCUUUUUUGACUUAGUAACUUUGAAUAUAUGGUUAAAUUUUGUGUUUCGAUCCACUUUACUUCUAAAGUAUCAAGGCUAUUGCUUUCAAACUUCAAAUACUUUCAUGCUAUCAUGAUGUUACUGUACCUGGCAAGUUGAAUUUUACCUUGACCUUUGAAUGACCUUGACUCUCAAGGUCAAAAUAUUAAAUUUUGCUAAAAUUGCCAUAACUUCUUUAUUUAUGAUUAGAUUUGAUCGAUACUUUGACAAAACAACUCUUACCUGACAUACCACAAUAGACUCCACCCAAAUCAUCCCCCCUCCCCCCGAACUUUUUUCUUCUUUUUUUUGCAUUUUUGAAAGAUAAUGUAAUAAAUGACCACACCCCCACACUAUACACCCCUCUUCACUCCACCCCUCCCUCCUUUGUGAUUGAAAUUGAGAGUCCCUUCACCUUUAAAAAGAAAAUAGAUGAGCGGUCUGCACCCGCAAGGCGGUGCUCUUGUAUAAUACCGUUAUGGGAAUGUGGCUUGGACCCUUUGGAUUGGGUAAAAAUUGAAGAAAAUUUGGGAUUAAAUUGUGUAGUUUUUAGCUUAACAAUUGCGAAUGAAGGCGUUUUUAACAUUUAAUUUAUAUAUGCUAAUCUUCAACUUAUAUAGCAGGAUGAGGGAAAUGAACUGUAUGGGAACGUGUUGAAAUAAUUAGAGCAAAAACACACUUGAAAUAAUUAUUAUUAACACUUACCCAAUUGUUUAGGGUGUAUUAUGAAUUUAUUUGUUUGAUGUGUUUUAUAAAUAUAGAUCAUUAUUGAUACUGAUAUUAUUAAACAAAAUCUAUAGCUGAAGUGAGAGUGAUGUGAAGAACGUUAGGCUGUUUAGCUCAGUUAGUAAAGCACUACAACCCCAAAGAAUGCAGGUUGCACUAAAUGCAGCAAGUAACAAGACAAAGGCAUCUAAUAAAGCAGCUACAGGUCACUCAGAGGCGAAACAAACACAAGUUGUUGCCAAACCAGCUGAUACUUCUCAAGGGCCUACUGCAGAAAACAAUUCCUCAUUGACACCAGCCAUGCCAGUUGAAGUUGUUGAUAUUGGUGAAACUGAGGGCAUGAGCCGAGGGAUGUUGUCAUUGGACAAAUUUCAAGCGCAGCAAAAGCAAAUAGAAGAAGCAAAUAAACAGAAGAAAGCUUUGCUUUCCAAAACUAUUACUGAAAGGUUUCAGAAGGCCCAGAAGGAGACCGGGAAGCUACAGCACAUCCAGAAGGAGCUGUCUAAGCUGGACCAUCUGCUCACGGCCGAUGUGCAGGUGAUACGAGGCAAGAUAGAGGAGACCAGCAGGGACUUCAUGGACGCACAAAAGCGUUUUGAAAGAGCUGAGCAGGAAUACGUGGCAGCUAAGAUAGAUCUGCACAGCAAGCAGGAAAUGAAAGAACAAUUAACAGAGCACCUCUAUACUAUCAUCCACCAAAAUGAGGUGCGGAAGGCGAAAAAACUUGCGGAAUUAAUGAAAACUCUUGAUAUGGAGGCUGAGGAAACUGAUGUUUCAUUGCCGGAGUUGCCUCCCUUUGCCUCGUUUCAGCCAACAGACAUUCUUCUCUCCCCUUCUACCAGCAAACAGCAUUUGAUGUGGAAAUCCGAUAAGAAAUCUGCUAAUAAUUUUGGUGCUAAUUCAACUGUUAAUAACUCAGGGGAUGCUUCAAAUUUAGCCAAUUCAGACAAUCAAAAUAAUUGCUCAACCAGUGAUAAAAACCAGACUGUGAAUAUUGAAACGGAGUCCUCCAUGGAACAGGAUAAGACAGACAGGACUGAAAGACAGGUGGACAUCUCACAUGGUGAAGUGAAAACAGAUGUCCCUUCAGAGGGCAGUCCUCACUCAAACAAUGAGACACCAGUGUUUGUAAAGAAUGACGAGAAACUGCUAGCAACAGCUGGAACGUCCUCUGAGCAGAACUCUCCAACCUCCCUGUUGGCAUAUGUAUCUGUAGACAAUAAACAACAGGUCUGUAAUAUUUCAAAACCUGACAAGGAUAGUGUUGUAGUAAAACAAAGAGAUGGUAAUGGACCUUCAAGUGAACAUAUUGGUUCCCGGCAAGUUAAGUCUGAUAUUAAAUCGAAAUGGGACUUUGAAGGUAGUCUCUUAUAAAAGGUUAAAUGGGUAUUGAGUGCAGAAAUCCAACAACUUAUGAGGGCAUUUAUCUGGAUAUUGUUACUUUUCAUUUGGGUAGAUUAUUAUUGUUCAGUUCUAUUUCUUGUUUGAUCAUCGGAUUUUAUUGUUUUUAUUUGUUCAGUACAGACUUCUGAUUUUUUCAAAAAAUAUUCUCUUAAAUACAUACAUGUAGCGUUGCUUUUCAUUAUAUAUUUUAUGUAAAAUGUGUAUGAAAAAAAACUAUUUUGACUUUGUUGAAAUAAUGAUAAAAUUGUUUUCACUUAUAUACAUGAUAAAAAUGUUACUGCAAUAGAUUUCUUUAUAUUGCAUUUUUAUGCCCAGAAACAUAAAUUUAUAUUGAAAUCAACUACUAGUAUAUUCCACUGGAGUAUUAAUUUGUUUCUUCCGUGUUUUUAUUGCUUUUAAUUUUUGAAUGUUUCCCAAGUGUAAACCAAAUGUUUGCUGUAUUUUUUCCUUAUUCUAAGGUUAUUUAUGGUGUGGAAUUUCUAUCUUCAGGUUUAUAAUUGUGUCCACUAAGAGGGGUAACAUGAACCGUAGUCAGACAACAAUAUUUACAAAGUUUGGUGUGUCAUUCUGAGUUUGCCUCAAUUUAAAUGUUGUAUCAUUUGUGAAAGUGGAUAAAAUCAACAUACAUUUAUAGAGUUGUAUAAAAUCUUUUGCUUUUCAUUUACUGUAUAAGUAGUUUUCCAAAUACCUGUUACUAUAAAGUAUCUAGUAGGUGCAGCGUAUUUCUGCAGGGCUUCAGAGGAGGUUUUUACACUGAAGAGAAAAGUACCCAGUUUUCACAGUAAUAUUUUUAAACCACUAGCACGAAUCAUUCUGCUCUUGUAGAAUAAUUUUUUUCCAAAAGCCAGACGAUUAUUAAUUUCUAGUAGCCUGAAUAUUUCCCCAGCCCAGGGCUAUCAGGCCAAUAGUUAGCAGGAAGACUAACAGUACCCUUAUAUAUUUUCUUUGUUUAGUAGAUAUCUACUAGAAUAAUCAAUGAUUGAGUUCGACCUGGUAAUUUCGUAUUGAAGCAUUAAGGAUUUUUGGGGACUAUGAUAUUUAGUUAAGAGCUAUGGUAGGUUUUCAAGUUAUCAACUAAAGACAUUAUACUGUAUACUAGUUUAUCAGGUGCCAUACCCUGUUUCCCAUGUAAUAUAUCCAUUACAUAUAUUUUUAUCUUACAUAUGUGUUAUAUACUGUUUAAGCGUUUUCAUUGGCUUAGUAAUUUGUUUAUUGACCAAUAGCAUUUUGUUAUUUUGCUGAAAUGAUAUUGCAACGUCAAAUGACGUCACGAAUUGUAAACAACAUUCGGAAUUUAUCAUGAUUUUUGGGUAAAUAUUUAUUAUACCCCAUAAACAAAGUUUAGGAGGGUAUAUAGGAGUGAGCUUGCCUGUCGGUCGGUCCGUAUUUAGUGUCCGCUCUCUAUUUCAAGUUGUUUUCAUCUGAUCUUCACUAAACUUGGCCAGAUGUUGUAUCUAGAUCAUGUCUAGGUCAAGUUCAAUAUGGGUCAUGACGGGUCAAAAACUAGGUCACGGAGUGCGGUUUAAACAUUGAGCAUGGUGUCCGCUCUCAAAUUCAAGUAGUUUUCAUCCGAGCUUCACCAAACUUGGUCAGAAGUUGUAUCUAGAUGAUGUCUAGGCCAAGUUCAAACAUGGGUCAUGGCAGGUCAAAAACUAGGUCACGGGGUCACUUAGUGCGUUUUAAACAUUGAGCAUGGUGUCCGCUCUCUACUUCAAGUAGUUUUCAUCCGAUCUUCACCACACUUGGUCAGAAGUUGUAUCUAGAUGAUGUGUAGGUCAAGUUCGAACAUGGGCCAUGCUGGGUCAAAAGCUAGGUCAUGGGGUCACUAUGUGCGUUUUAAACAUUGAGCAUGGUGUCCGGUGUUUUAUGUGAAGACAACAUGCAAAAUAUUCUGUGUCAAUGCUGAAUGUGGGGGUAUUAGUCACAUCUGUGACAAAGCUCUAGUUUAAUUUGCUCAUUUAAAAGCAUGUGAUAAAAUAGAUCUGACACAUGUCAUAUACCAUAUUUUAUUAAACUCGUCCAGGAAAUUCGUAUAUGGUAUGAUAUGACAACUCAUGCCAGAUCCUAUAUGUAUUAUCAUUUGUGUAUGGAGUUUAUUCCGUCCAUCUUCUUAAAACAGAAGCAAAGUAUUCCCUACUGUAGGAAAUAGCAAAUUAUCAAAUCCAUCGUCUUUUUAAAGACAAGUAAUUUCUGAUGAAUUUAAUGCAUUAUUAUUGCAGUAAUGCACUACUGUUGUAUUAACAUGGGUUUAUUACCUUUUUGUGGGAAAUAUUAUUUUGUGAUUCAUGUAUGAUGUUAUAGAGAAAUAAAAUAAAUGGACAAAAUAA